GCCUGGAACAUCCAUGGACUAGGGUGUUACUUCUUCUCUCGUUGGUUUUUGGGAUCUGGAGUCUUCUCUUCGCAAUCGUUCUUUGCUCUCUGAAAUUAGGGUUUGUAAUUUCGAUCUUUUGGGUUAAAAAUGUUCGGGAGGGCACCGAAGAAGAGCGAUAACACGAGGUACUAUGAAAUCCUUGGCGUCGCCAAGAACGCCUCGCAGGAUGAUUUGAAGAAGGCUUACAAGAAAGCUGCCAUUAAGAACCACCCCGACAAGGGUGGUGAUCCCGAGAAGUUUAAGGAGCUGGCUCAAGCUUAUGAGGUUCUGAGUGACCCUGAGAAGCGUGAGAUAUAUGAUCAGUAUGGUGAGGAUGCGCUUAAGGAAGGAAUGGGUGGUGGUGGUGGUGGCCAUGAUCCGUUUGACAUCUUUUCAUCCUUCUUUGGUGGUGGAAGUCCAUUUGGAUCAGGUGGUAGUAGUCGAGGCAGGAGGCAGAGACGUGGAGAAGAUGUGGUGCACCCUCUCAAGGUCUCUUUGGAGGACCUUUACCUCGGGACUUCUAAGAAGCUCUCCCUUUCCAGAAAUGUCAUAUGCUCCAAGUGCAGUGGCAAGGGUUCUAAGUCUGGUGCUUCGAUGAAGUGUGCUGGUUGUCAAGGAACUGGUAUGAAGGUUUCUAUUAGACAUCUCGGUCCGUCCAUGAUUCAGCAGAUGCAGCAUGCUUGCAAUGAAUGUAAGGGUACUGGAGAAACUAUCAAUGAUAGAGACCGCUGCCCACAGUGCAAGGGAGAGAAGGUUGUGCAGGAGAAGAAAGUUCUUGAGGUUCAUGUGGAGAAGGGAAUGCAGAACGGGCAGAAGAUUACAUUCCCUGGUGAAGCUGAUGAAGCGCCGGACACAAUUACUGGGGAUAUAGUCUUUGUGCUUCAGCAGAAAGAACACCCCAAAUUCAGAAGAAAGUCUGAAGACCUUUUUGUGGAGCACACCUUGUCCCUCACUGAGGCCUUAUGUGGCUUCCAAUUUGUGCUGACUCACUUGGAUGGUCGUCAACUUCUUAUAAAGUCAAAUCCCGGGGAAGUUGUCAAGCCUGAUGCAUACAAGGCUAUCAAUGAUGAGGGGAUGCCCAUGUACCAGAGACCAUUUAUGAAGGGGAAGCUGUACAUCCACUUCACUGUGGAAUUCCCUGAUUUUCUGAAUGCUGAUCAGGUUAAGGCCUUGGAAGCCGUUCUGCCACCAAAGCCUUCUUCGCAGUUGACAGACAUGGAGCUGGACGAGUGUGAGGAGACAACACUACAUGAUGUGAAUAUGGAGGAGGAGACUAGGAGGAAGCAGCAGCAAGCAGCUCAGGAGGCCUAUGACGAGGAUGAUGAUAUGCCUGGUGGUGCACAGAGGGUACAGUGCGCUCAGCAGUAAUCACUCAUUUCUGUGGGAGUAUUAGAAUCAGGAGUUGAUGAUGAACAUGAUAAUGUGGUGUUCCAUAAAUCUAGUGUGGACUAAAAGACGAGUAACUUUUGGUGGGUGAACGGUGUAUUGCAUUUUAUUUUCGAAUCUGACAUCCUAUAUACUUUAGUUUUUUUUGUUUUGUUUUUUUUUAUAAUUAUUUUAAACAUCUCUAUUUUGCUAUCUCAAUUUUAUUGCGUUUUCUUGUG